CAGGAGUUUCAUUUUGAAUAAUGAGGAAUAUUCUAUUGGUGACACUAUAUUUGUAUCCCGCCAAGAGGUAAUUUCUGCACCCCCGGAUAUUAGCAACUGCUACAUUGCUCAGAUUACUGAUCUUUAUGAAAAAGGUAUACUAGUUUUAAAACUAAGAAAAUCAACUUGUAAUAAUACUGAUAGAAGAUAGUCAUGAUACAUCUGUAAAUUCUUUUAUUUAGAAUUAAAGUGCAUAUAACCUGGUUCACUGGUGAAGUUCAAUUGCUGUUUUUAUCUAUUAAGAAAAAUGUUUCAGUUUUAAUAUCCUGUCUCAAACAAAAAUAUUUCAGAAUUAAUUUACAGUAAAGUUGAAGUUCAAAAAUUUGCCAAAGUAAGGUGGUACUGGCAAGAGUCUGAAGUGCCAAAGCCCCUACGAAAAUUGCUUAGUAGUUUGACUAUGGCAAAAAACGAGGUCAUUCUCGACUUGACUAACAGCUUUGAACAGGAAAUUGAUUUGGAAACAGUCAUGGGGAAAUGCAAGGUAAGUCUGUCCUGACAAUAAUUUAACAUCUUCCUAUCUCAUUAGAAUAAGGUUUUUUGUUGAAAUUUAAGAAGAAAAAAUAAAAGCAGUUUAAUUUGUGAUAUUUUCUUCCAUUCUUUUAUUGUUGGUCAUUUUCUUUACUACUAUUAUUUCAGGUCCUGCAUAUAGCAGACAAUGCUCCACUCUCCCCAGAGUUCAAGAAAGAGGAUAACAACAACAGUUAUCCAACUUUUUUUGCUAGAAGAGCUUAUAAAGGGAAAUCUUUUGUAUACCUAACGGGCAAAGAGAACGAGGAAUUGUUCACAUCUGAAGUGCCAGCAACCCCAGACAAUAAUGGGAAGAGAAGAGGCUCUGCCAAGCAAGAUUUUAUUACCCCUAAUGGUAAUUCCAGGUUUUUAAGUGAGGGAGGUGCAACACCUAAAAAAUCAAGCAGCAUUAAAAAGUCUGUUGCAACAUUGUUUACCCCAACUGACAGGAAAGGUGCCAUACAAAAGGUAUGCUAAUGUUUGUACAUUCCAUAUGUAAAUUUAAUGGGUAUGAACUUUCGAUUUAUUGUGACAUACUUACUGAAUUUGGAAGGGCCUGCCUAUUUCAUUGCUGUUAUUUUUUUAAAAUUUAAUGUAUUAAAUUACUAUUUUUUUUAAAUCUUGUCUUUGGUUCACAACUGCCAUUGAAGAUUUUUGGGCUUAAAAUUUUGAAAUUUUUUAACAGGACACAAGCUUUAAGGAUGUUAUAAAAGGGGUGUUAUCUGGAUUUGAAUCUCCCCAGAGAGGUAUCUAAAUAUUUAGUCAUUAUUUAUAUUUAUGUUUCAAAAUGAAUUCUUGUUCAAUAAAUGAUUUUUUAAUUUUUGUUAAAGACUAUCGAGGAGAAAAAAACGCAUUUAGAUUUAUUAAAAAAAACUUGUAUAUUUUACAGCAAGUAUAAAAACUAGACAUUUGUUUUAAUGUGUUUUCUGAGAAAUCAAAUUCAUAAUCCCAUGACCUAUUUUGGUUAAGGUCUUAAGUUACAUUCACUCCACCUAAUAUGUUCAUUCACCCGCUGAAUCAGGUUAGGAAAUAGGACAGGAAAAACACGUCUUGACUAAUGUCCAAAGUGUGAAAAUCUACUUUGUUCUUUCCAUGGAGAGCAUUGUAUGAAAUACCUUUUUCAUUAGGGCAGUAAUGGAAAAACUAUGUUGUUUAUUUGUGUGUGUGUGUUAUGUUUUAUUCCUCACAACUGCCACCACAACACCAUAUACUUAACAUCUGCUACAGAAUUGUAAAAUAUACUAAUAAUUUUUUGUUUGUCGAUUCUUUAAAUAUCAUAAUUGGUAAGGAAAUAUUACAAUCUUGGGGUCUUUUUGAAAUCGAAGUUUCACUUAACUGAUUAUAGUCAGCGUCGGUUUAUUCAUUCUUUCAAACGUGUUUGUCUCCCCAGCUACCUUAAAACCGUCAAAACUGACAAUGGAAAGGCUCAACCAAAAAGAUGUGGUGGAUUUGAUCAACAGGGGCAGUGAUGAUGAAUCAAACCACUCAGGAUCUAACGCAAACUCUGACAUAGAAACAACUGAUGAUGAUUCUGAGGGUGGCCAAGAACAAGGUACAAGUGGUAAAGAUGGCAGUCAUUCUGGAAGUAGAACUUUAAAAAUAUCAAUGUUGAAUAAAAGAUGGAGAGAAACCGAUGACAAUGCUGAACUCACCAAGGAGUCAGUGAACAUGAAGAGACAAAAAAUGGACAUUAGUGAUGAUGGGGAGGAAAAUAGAGCAACCAAAGUGAAAAAAUGGAACAGGCAUAUUAACAACAAAAAGUUGAAGAUAAAGAAAUCCUCUGAUGGUAUCAAUUUCCUUCCAGUAAUAAAGCUGGA